AUUUUCAGAUAGAAAACGAGACGUAAACAAGUUUUUUUUAAAAAAAGAUCGCAAGAGCGAAACAUAGCCUCGAUAAACACUAUUUCCUGUCUAUCUAUGCUCACAAAAUGCCACAUCGGUUAAGAAGAGUCGUUAUUUUGGGUUUUAGGAGCGUUGGAAAGUCUUCCUUAACCAUACAAUUUGUCGAAAAUCAUUUUGUGGACAACUACAAUCCGACCAUUGAGAACACUUUUGAUAAAGUGAUUUCUCACAAAAAUGUCGAAUAUAGAUUAGAUAUUGUUGAUACUGCUGGUCAAGAUGAAUACUCCAUUUGCCCGCAGGCUUAUACAAUGAACAUAGACGGAUAUGUUCUCGUGUUUUCGCUAACAUCCAGAAAAAGUUUCGAAGUCGUCAAAGUCAUUUAUGAGAAACUACUAGAUCAGACAGGAAAGAAAACAUUACCGCUUAUCUUGGUUGCCAACAAAAGCGAUUUGGCAAGUGAAAGACAAGUUCAACCCAACGAAGGAAGAGCUUUGGCAAACGAAUGGAAGGUGAACUUUAUCGAGGCUUCUGCGAAAGACAAUAAAAAUGUCAAAAAUAUAUUUCAAUCAAUUUUGGACGAUAUGGACAAAUCUGAGGGAAAUUCUUCUGACAAACCCAGUUGCAAUGUUAUGUAAAAAAUAAACUGUUACCACUUGUUAAAGGACUUUAUAUAUGUUUAAUAGUUAAUAACGUUACAUUGAAUAUUCAGGUACCUAUGCUAUUCUAUAAUUUUUCUUGAAGCAUGCUAGUUUAAAUUUUUUUUUUCUUUUUCAUUAUAUCCAGUCAUUAUUCAUUUAUAAUAAACA